AUGUUGGACGAAUCAUGUGAAUCAUCUGACGGAUUAGAUAAUAUUUUUUCAGAUGAUUUCAGUAAAAUCUCUACCUUAGAAGAGGCAGGAGGACUGCCUACAUUGUGUGGCAUCUGUGAGAAGCCAUUUACUAACCCGGUUAUUCUGAGUUGUUUGCACAUAUUUGACCGUGAUUGCGUCCGAAACUUCGAAAAAAAUGAUAGCAUGGUACCUUACACUAAAUGCCCACGAUGCGAUACUCUAUCUGGGAGUGUCAAGACUCUGGAAGCUUAUGAUUUAUCUGUUGCACAAACGCGCUCUGAAGGGGACGGCUCCCAUAAAGUGAGUGGUGCAACUGUUAAGUGUUCAGUAUGUACUGAUGGAAACGAUGCUCUUUACCGAUGCCUACAUUGCGCAGGAACAUUGUGUGAACGGUGUCGGGAUAUUCACAAGGUUAUGAAAGUUUUCUCAAAUCACGAAAUACUUGACCUAACUGAGGAAGAAAAGGGAAAUGCGGAGAUUUUGCAACGCAACAUGCUGAAUACUAAACCAGUCAUAUGCACAAUUCACCCAGAAUCAACGUUUACUUCAUUCUGUUUGCAGUGUCAUAUUCCUCUUUGUGAAAUGUGUUUUGAGUGCGAACAUAAAGGACACAUAACCAUCCUUUUGGAGUUGGUACCCACACAUAUAGACUCUUUACUGUCAGAUAUGGUCGAAUGUUGUCGGUCAAGGCAAAAAGAUUUCCGUGACUCUAUUGAGAUGAUGCAUAGUUUGCUUUCAGAGUUAAGUUCAUCUAGAGAUGCCAACAAAACCCUGAUAAAUAAAACGUGUAAACAGUGGAUAACAUCCAUAGAACGAAUCAAGGAUCAGUUCAUCCACAAAAACAGAGAAAUCCAUGACGAAUUGGAGAUGAAAAUAUGGUCACGAAUUAACACUAUGAGCAAGACUGUAGACCAUGUAGAUUUUGCGUGUGACUUUGUAAAAGUCUACUUAAAAAAAUGUUCCAAUAUUGAAAUAUGCAAGCUCUUUAAAAAUGUGCUUGCUUGUUUUGACAAAUUAUCAAAGCAGCAAGUUAUCAAUGACCCUUCAGCUAAAGUUGUUUUCUCACCAGGAUUAUCAACUUACGAUGUUAUCCAUCAACAUUUCGGUACCUUCAGCUUUACCAAUGGAUUAGACCAAGAUUUGCAACAGGUGUCUGAUUCUGUGUUGGAAGGAUUUCCAGCCUCAAACUCCCAUAUAUCUGUAUUAAAUAGUGUGGGUGAUAUAGCUAACGAUCUCAAGCAACUGACUCUCAAGGUUGAUGGUCACAUGGAUCCUGAUCCUCUUGCGGGCCUGGAUCAUUCAGCCACAGUGCAUUUACCACCAGUUAGUCUGGUACAACAAGACGGUACGUGUGAAAAUAUCAAUCCAUCGGCAGUUGGCAACGGGAAUAUGAAUAACUACAUAUCGAGGUCUAGCAAUUCAAGUGCUCCUGGACGCCAUAAUAGUAACUGGUGUGAUUUAAAUGUUACUUUGCCAAGUCUUGAGCCGUCCGAUUUCUUGUGUAACGUAACACAAGUCGACCCAGUUUUCAGCAAUCCGUUUAUCACUACAGACAACCUGAGGACCCCAGGAAGUAAUGUAUCAACAUUAGAUGUGGAUUCUAGUCUUAUUUUAAAGCAAAAGCUUCCUGUCAACUAUAAUGCAACCUUGUACGAAUACAGUCGAAUGAGAGCGGCUCGCUGUUCACAAAUGAAUCUCUUGACGAAGUGGGGUUCUCUUGGUUGCGAAUUAGGACGUCUGAAUUCUCCCCAUGGCUUUUGUCUGGGUUUUGAGGAAGAGAUAGUUGUUGCUGAUACAUACAAUCAUCGAAUUCAGAUAUUUACAAAGCGUGGUGACUUUGUAUCAUUCUUUGGAGUCUCUGGUAGAGUGGAUGGCUUAAUGUGGUAUCCGCGUAAAGUGGCAAUUAUUAGACAGAGCCAACGAUAUGUGGUGUGUGAUCGUGGGAACGAGCGAUCUCGUAUGCAGCUGUUUAGCCGGAGUGGUCAUUUUGUACGACGUAUCCCGAUUCGGUACAUCGAUAUUGUUGCAGGGCUAGCAAUCAAUCAACAUGGACACAUUGUUGCUAUUGAUAGUGUUUCGCCAUCGGUUUUUGUUGUAUCAGAGGAAGGUGAUCUAAUUCGUUGGUUCGAUUGUAGUAACCACAUGAGAGAACCAUCAGAUGUCGCGAUACAUGGUCGCGAGUACUAUAUUUGCGAUUUUAAGGCACAUUGUGUCAUUGUUUUUCAGGAGGAUGGGUCCUUUAUUCGUCGUAUAGGUGGAGAAUCAAUUACUGACUUUCCAAACGGUAUAGAUGUUAGCGACCAUGGAGAUGUACUAGUUGGAGACUCGCAUGGAAACCGUUUUCACAUUGCUGUGUUUAGUCGAUCAGGGGAGCUUCUAAGCGAAUUCGUUUGCAACCAAACAAAAGUCAGUCGCUCAUGCUGCUUGAAAAUAACGACUGAGGGUUAUGUUGUUACGCUUGCACGCAGUUCUAAUAAUGUUCUGGUCCUCAAUACUUUAUAUAUAUGUUAA